CUAAGAUAUAAUCUCAUCAAUGCCAACCCGUAAUCCCCGUUUUCCUCGUCCUCCUAGCGCUAGCCAUAGUUAUUAUUACAAGUACUUAUUAUAUUUCAAUGUAGUGGCAUCCCGCUCUCCGUUUCCACGGAGAUGAUAUAGUGACUAAGAGUUCGGUUGCUUGUUGGGUACAGUAGAGCAAGAAAGACGCGCUGCUUAUACACGAAAAACUUUCGUUUCCGGUAUCCCCUCCACCUCCGUCCAGUGACUGAACAAUCGAAUGAAAGAUUUUUGUUCGAGGGGCGCAUUUGUCUAGCUGGAAACGGAAUUACAAAAUUAGAUUUACAAUCCUGCCAUCGCUGAGCGCCUGUAAAAAGAAUUUGGGUCUGAAAAAAUGGUGAUCUCAAAUCCUUUCCAACUAUUUGCUGCGGCGACGUCGUCUGCAAAAAACAGUAAUCCGCACUUCUUUCUACCGGCUGUCAACGAUGGAUGGCAUCUCAGGGAGCAAUUUACGAUAGGCAGUCACGUGAUCUAUGGUCAAAUCAGCGCAAGACUUGAGCUCAACAAGAACGCUACUUCGGAUAUAAGGCGUCCAUUUGAGGAAACUAGAAGUGCUGUUGAUCGAUCUGCAUCGACUUCAAGGGGCGCACUGUGGCUGACCGAGGCACUUUCAGCACUUUCGACUGGUGCUUCUGCGUCCACAUCAUCUGCGGCUCGCCAGAAGAGCAGGCACCCUCCGAUAAGUAGCGCGGCGAGCGCUUCCACUUUGUUGAGCGCCGAGAAGAACGCGAACCCACCGCGCGAGAGCGACACAAACAAUAAACCUGUCUAUCAGGGUCAUUUCUUCGAGAUUGACUACAUCCGCUUCUACAAGAACAAGUUCUUGAGCGAUCUGGAGCAUGCGCAGACUUUCGAUCCAAAUCAGUUGCGGCGCGUUGGGGACGGUGGCAGGAAUGCGCAUCGCAUCUCGACCGUGCCCUCAGAAGCUGACUUGUUGAGUAGCCAUCUUUCGUCCUCUGCUUCAGCUUCUCGUACGUCAUCAGAACGUCAAGAACACCAAACCGGUGAGGAUCCCGGUUGGCGUGAAGAAUUCGAUACCUGUAUCGAUGGGCAACCGGAUCCCGCAAAAUCGUCGUGAAUAUGAAAGGUAACGAACACGAAGGGAGUCGUUAAUGACCUCAACUUCUACCAACUCCCAGGUGACUCUGUUGGCGGACGCCGACUUUUAACAUAUUCCAGGAGAGGGAAAGUGUGCUGCGUCUGAGUCCACGCCGUUCGUAAGUAUCGCUGCGGCGGAGGGUCGUUUGCCGACGCUGCAAGACUGUGGAAACCUUUGCAAAUCCAAAAACUCCUGGUGCAUCGGUCUCAGCUGGCGGCCGCGAAGCGACCGCGGAAUGUCAUCUAGCAGCGGAAAACAUCUUCAGCAGCGCUAUAGAGGCGGAGUUGAGCAACCGGGACUGGUGGCCAGGCGCAAAAAAGCAAGCCGGACGUGAUUGCGUCGCCAGCUGUUUCGUGCGUGCGAAUGACUUGCCAGGCUCCGGAUGGGAGUGUUGGCGCCUUCGGCAGCACACUCCACAAGCACUUCCCACAGAGUUUGAACGCGUGUGGGGAUCUAACAAUGCGACCGGCAUGUGCGCCACGAGCGUGGUGUCUGUUGUGGCGUCCGCAGAGACUUUGAGAAUCGGAGGCAGUUCGCACAGAACCCCUGGUGCUGCGGCGACGCCAACCACACUCGUCAGCUGGCAAGGAAUUUCAGUUGUGUAAGUAUGUAUAGAAGCUUCUCCGAGUUUGGGAUUGGGUGAAUGAGAUUGAACCGCUGCCCGUCGACCACAGUUGGAAUGGUUCUGCUGCUUUUUCGAUUUUUUAGCUUCUUAGCGUGCGAAUAGAGAAAGACCCAACAUGGCAAUUCAUCAAUAUCAAUACAUAAAAAAUGUAUAAAAAUGAAAUCGCCUGAUCCAGCAGAACAUGUACUUACAUGCUGUGUAUACCACGGAUGAAUGUUGAUAUUUUUCCUCGUGCAGUGGUAGGAAUCACAGCACCAAGCCCUAGUCAAAUCCUUGGGUGAUGAAGCUUGUGAAGCCAC